CAGAGGGAGCCGCAAGAGGCCGGGUCGCCUCGCCGGGCGAGCCCUCGGGGACCUCGCUGAGUGGGCGCCGCCGAUGCCCGCCCCGCGGCCGCCUCUGGGCAGAGGAGCAGUGCGGCCAGCCCAGUGGCCCAGCCGGGCCAGCAGCAGCCCCCGCCGGGCGCGCUUCCUCCUCCUCGUCGUCCGGCGGGAACUUCGGCCCUAGGCGCGGCCUCUGCCCCGGCCUUCCGCGCAGGGGCGGGGGGCACUUCUUCUGCCCGCCACCAGCCGGGACUUUCCUGCCACGCCAUGGAGGCAGGGAUCUGAGCUCUGGGCCUCCAAGGGCCUCUGCCCGCCCGCCCGCCCCCAUUGCCGGUCAUGGGCAACUCAGGGGGCAGGCCCAGCUGCCUGGGAGCGAAGAGCCGGAAGCCGGAGGACUUCCUGAAGGACUCCUACCUGAAGGACCUGGGCCUGGAGUCCGGCCGCCCAGCCGGGAGGAACAAUGCCGAAGGCCGCGCAGGGCCCCCCGCUGACAAGCCCGCCCUCUGUGCCGUGGUGAUUGAGAAUGGCUGGAGCGUGGCCCCGGGGCCCGGCAAGAGCCAGCCCAGCAGCCCCCUGCCCAAGCAGAACAACAGGGACGUCAAAGUGCAGAACGGGAGCCUGAGCUGCAACCCCCUCAAGGCCCAGCUGGAGGCCGCAUGGAGCCCUCCCAGGGGCCUGGGGCAGCGGGGCAGCUGGCUCUGGAAGCCCCUCACCACCACGGAGGUGACGGAGGUGACGGAGGUGACGGAGACGGUCGUGACCGAGACCGUGGAAGUGACCGAGUACCCCGGCGGGGACAGGAGCCAGGAGCCCACGGUCACCAGGACGGUGAAGGUGCUCGCGGAGUGUGCAGGAGCCCUGCCUGAGGCAGCUGCCUUCCUGGGAGACCCACGGAGCAUGGAGCCGAUCCAGGAGACGUGGGAGAAGAUGCUCAGCUGGGUGGGGGACAUGGAGGAGCUCAUGGCCGGCCAGAAGCCGCCUUCUUCGGAAGCCAAGGUGGUGAAAGCCCAGCUGCAGGAGCAGAAGCUCCUGCAGCGCCUUCUGGACGAGCGCCGGCCCCACGUGGAGCGCCUCCUGCUGCAGGAGAGGUGGCCGCCCCCUGAGCCUGCCGGCACGACGGAGGGGCACCGAAGGGACGGGGACCUCGCCAGCCUCCAGGAGAAGUGGGCCGCUGUAGCCCAGGGGGCAGAAGCCAGGCACGGCUGCUUGGAGCGCAUCCUGCCUGCAGCCUGUGCCUUCCAGGCCUCGGCGGACGCCUUCCAGGACUGGCUGGGCGCCACCGAGCGGACGCUGGGCCAGCUGUGGCGAGCCAGCGGAGGCAGCCAGACCCAGGAGGCCCAUCGGCAGACCCAGGAGCUGUGCGAGGAGAUGCGCUCCAAGCCGGGGGAGCUGGACCAGGCCCUGGCGCAUGGACAGCGGCUGCUGGGGAUGGUGUCAGGGGAAGAAGCCCAGCUUGCCCAAGAGAAGAUGGACGCCCUGCGGCUGAGGUUCCUGAUGGUGGGCCAGAGCCACACGGACAUCCUGCACCGGCUGGAGCAGACCUUGGAGGCCUCCGCCCGGCGGGACCCCGCCCAGGAGGAUCUGGCCCUCUGGCUGAGCCGCAUGGAGGAGGGGCUGCCCCUCCAGGGCCGCGCGACGGGGGAGGGGCCCAGCCCCCUCAGUGCUGCAGACAGAGAGAAGUUUGAGCAGGUGCUGGCAUCAGAACUGGCCCAGGUGGCCCGCCUCAGCACACACCUGGAGGAUCUGGGCCGAGUGCACCUGGAUGCCUCCGCCGUCUGCCUGCAGAUCACCGAGCACAAGCGCCUGGCAGCAGAGAUCCUGCAUCACCACGGCCUUGUGGAGCGCCUGGUGGCCAUCGCUGACCCUCUGCUCAGCUUCUGCCCCCCCGGCUUGCAGCAGCAGCUCCAGCCGUCGGUCUGCAGCCUGCAGGAGAGGGUGGCGCUGCUCUUGCAGCACAGCUCGGCUCGGGGCAUGCAGCUGGAGCAGGCCCGGGUGCUGCUGGCCCAGUUUGCCGAGGCCCAGGAGGAGCUGCACCCCUGGCUGGAGGAGACGCAGCACGCCGUGGCCCAGGUCUGCCCCCCGCUCACGGUCCACUACGAGGCCUUCCGGGAGCAGCAGGAGCUGCUGCAGGGCCUGCGGGAGGCCAUCGCGGAACACAAGCCCCCGAUGGCCACGCUCCGGCGCGUCUGGCGGCAGCUGGCGGAUCUCAGCCCGGAGGAGGCCGCCCCCUUCGAGCGGGGCUGGCGGGAGGCCGAAGAGCAGUACGGCCGGGUCCGGGGGCAGGUCUGGGAGGCCGCGGCCGUGCUGGAGGAGGCCAUUCCCCGGUACAGCCAGCUGUCCGAGCGGAUGGAGCUGAUGGUGGGGUGUCUGGAGAGGCUGCAGGAUCGCAUGCGGCACCCCCCGGCCGUGCGUGGGGACUCAUCCUGCCUCCGGGAGCAGAUCAGGGACAACGGCCUCCAGCUGGCGGAGCUGGAGGAGCUGGGCGUGGCUCUGGAGACCCUCCGUGGGCAGGGGGACGAGCUGCUGGCGACUGUGCCAGCGGGCGCAAACCAAGCCAUCCAGGGCCGUGUGGAGCAGCUGCUGAGCCAGUGGAAGGCGUUGUGGCGGCAGGCGGAGGAGCGGGAGGGCCGGCUGCAGGGCCUCCUGGCCCUGGCCCAGCGCUUCUGGCACGGGAUGGCCGAGCUGGCCAGCACCCUGAGCGACACCCAGCAGCUGGUGCCGGACCUGGAGGGAGCCGCCUCGGGGGGCCCGCCGGCCAUCCGGGCCAGGCUCCGGGCCAUGCAGGCACUGCGAGAGGAGAUCGACUCCCUCCAGGGAGACCUGGACUCCUUGGGUGUCCUGGGGAUGGAGCUGAUAGCGUCUUGUGGAGACCUGGACAAGCCGGAAGUCACCAGAAGCCUGGACGAACUCUAUUCGGCCUGGAACAGCCUGAGCAAGGUGUGGACUGAGAGGCAGACCCGCCUGGAGGAGCAGCUGCAGGCCUCACUCCUGUACCAGGAGAGCAUGGAGAGGCUCCUGCGCUGGCUGGCAGCGGCUGAGCUGCGCCUGGCAGACGAGGGCCAGCUGGGGGGGGACCUGGAGGCGGUGAGGAAGCAGCUCUCGGCGCUGAAGGACUUCAAGCGAGAGCUGUACCAGCGCAAGGUGGAGGCAGAGAGCCUACGGCACGAGUGGGGCAGCGCGAGUGGGGCUGGGAGCAAGGGGGGCCCCCACGAUGCCCUCGAGGGCUUCCGCCACCGCUGGAACUGCCUGGAGGAAGAGGUGGCGAGCCGCCAGCACCAGCUGGAAGCCGCCCUGCUGGGCCUCGGCCAGUUCCAGAGCCAGCUGGAGGAGCUCCUGCAGUGGCUCCAUCACACCGCAGAGCAGCUGCAGGGGCCCACGGACCCCACCCUGGACCUGCAGAGCUGCGAGAUUGAGCUGGCCAAGCACAAGGUGCUGCGGACCGACGUGGCAUCCCACGCCCGCACCGUCCAGGCUGUGAAGGAGGCCGGGCAGGGCCUGCUGCUCCCCCGCGCGGGAGACUCCGGGGACGGGGUGCAGGGCAGCCUGCAGCAGCUGAGCCAGCGCUGGGACCUCGUGCUGGGCGAGACCGAGAGGCGCCAGUUGGAGCUGGAGAACCACCUCAGCCAGGUGCAGGAUCUCACCCUGGAGAUCACGGAGCUGCUCCGGGGGCUGGAGCAGGUGGAGCUGCAGCUCUUCUUCGCCAAGCCCAGCUGGGGCCACCCCGAGACCAUCAAGGAGAGGCUGGCGGCACACCUGGAGCUGUGCAGAGAGGUGGAGGCCAAGCAGCCCGCCUACCAGGGCAUCCGGGAUCGGGUGCGGCCCCUCCUGCUGGCCUGCGGCCCCCUGCCCCAGGGGGGCAGCACCCAGCACAGCCUGAGGGUCCUGGAGCAGAAGUGGAGGAGUGUCGCCAGCCAGCUUCAGGAGAGGAAGGAGCAGCUGAGUGAGGAGCUGGCCCUGACCACCGAGUUCCAGGCCAGCGCCCAGGAGCUCCUGCGCGGCGUGGGGCAGCUGGAGGAGAGCCUGGGCGCCCUCCUGCCCCCCAGCGUCCUCCUGGGAAGCCUCUCCAGCCAGAUCCAGGAGCAGAAGGCCCUGGCCGAGGAGGCGCGAGCCCAGAGGGAGAAGCUGGCCAGCCUGGAGGCCCUGGCCAGCCGCCCGCGGGACUUCGGCCGGAAGCAGGACUGCAGCGGGGCCCCCGGCCUGGUGCGGAGCGCCCAGGAGCGGCUGGCCAAGGUGCUGCAGCAAGUGGGCGAGAGGGGGGCCCUGCUGGAAGAGGCCCGCAAGCGCGCCAAGCAGUUCCAAGAGUCCUGGCAACGACUCUGCUCCUGGCUGGAGGAGCUGGAGCCGGCCCUGGAGACGCCCAGCGAAGCCGCCGCCGCCAGCAGCCCGGAGGGACCGCAGGGCCUCCUGGCUGAGCACAAGGAGUUCCAGAAGCGGCUGCGGGCCAAGCGCCCGGUCUACGAGGCCACCCUGCGGAGCGGGCGCCUGCUGCGGGAGAAGGCCCUCUUGCCCACGGACGCCCCGGCCCUGGAGGGGAUGCUGGGCCAGCUGAAGGAGCGCUGGGACGCCGUGUGCAGCCGGGCGGCCGAGAGGCAGCAGAGGCUGGAGAAGGGGGUGCUCUUCUCUGGCCGCCUGACCGACGCCCUGCAGAGCCUCAUGGGCUGGCUGUACCGGGCCGAGCCACAGCUGGCUGAAGAGGCGCCCGUUGCUGGAGACCGCGACCUGGUCAGCGCCCUCGUGGACAAGCACAAGGCCUUCCAGAAGGAGCUGGGCCAGCGGGCCAGCUGCGUCAAGAUGCUGAGGCGCUCCGUGCGGGACCUGCCCCGGGGCGACUCCCAGUGGCUGCAGAGCCAGGUGGAGGAGCUGGGCCAGCGCUGGGAGCUCACCUGCAGCCUCUCGGUCUCCAAGCAGGCCCGGCUGGAGGCUGCCCUGCGGCAGGCAGAGGAGUUCCACAGCCUGGUGGGCGCGUUGCUGGGCCGCCUGUCCGAGCUGGAGAAGUCCAUCAAGGGCCGGGUCUGCCCAGGCGAGGAGGCGGCUGUGGAGGAGGGCCAGAGACAGCUCCAGGAGCUGCAGCAGAGCCUGCAGUGCCAGCAGCUGGAGCUGGAGUGCGUCACCUCCCUGGGAGAGGAGAUCCUCAGCGCCUGCCACCCGGAUGCGGUCAUCACCGUCAAGUCCUGGCUCACCGUUGCCAAGAGCCGCUUCCAGGAGGUGCUGAGCUGGGCCGAGCAGCAGGCCGAGCGGCUCCAGGCGCAGGCGGCUUCGCUGGCCGCAGAGCGGGAGGAGGUGGCGCGGCUCAUGGACUGGAUCACGGCUGCCGAGGAGUCCCUGGGCCUCCGGGACCAGGAGGGCCUCCCCGAGGACGCCGAGAAGCUGGAGGAACUCAGCGCUCAGCACACGGUGUUCAUGGAGGAGCUGAACCGCAAGCAGCCGGAGGUGGAGAAAGUCACCAAGAUGCCCCCGGAGGCGGGAGCGGCCGCUGCCUCCCACAAGCCGCCUCCCCGGCAGCGUGGGGCCGGCAAGCUCUCCCGGAGGGCUCCAGCUGGGUCCCUGGUGGAGCUGGAGCCCCCCAGCCCCCUCCUGGCCCAGCUGGGGCACCGCUGGCAGCAGCUCUGGCUCUUGGCCCUGGACCGGCAGUACCGGCUGCAGAACGCCCAGCAGCGCCUCCGAGAGCUGGAGGAGUUUUCCCACUUUGACUUUGCCGUCUGGCGCAAGCGCUACCUGCAGUGGAUCGGCCACAUGAAGUCCCGGGUCUUGGACGUGUUCCGGGGCAUCGACAGGGACCAGGAUGGGCGCAUCACCCAGCGGGAGUUCAUGGAGAGUGUCCUCUCCUCCAAAUUCCCCACCAACAUGCUGGAGAUGAGUGCUGUAGCCGACAUCUUUGACAUGAACCGGGAUGGCUUCAUCGAUUACUGCGAAUUCGUCAGCGCUCUGCACCCCAGCCGGGACAUGCUGCGCAGGAGUGCAGACGCGGAUCAGAUCCAGGACGAGGUGAACCGGCAAGUGGCUCAGUGCAGCUGUGCCAAGCGCUUCCAGGUGGAGCAGAUCAGUGCGAACCGAUACAGAUUUGGGGAGUCGCAGCAGCUGCGCAUGGUCCGCAUCCUGCGCAGCACCCUGAUGGUGCGGGUCGGUGGGGGCUGGAUUGCGCUGGACGAGUUCCUGGUGAAGAACGAUCCCUGCAGAGUAAAGGGGAGGACCAACCUGAAGAUCAAUGAGAAGUACCUGUCCCCAGACCCCUUGGGGGGCAGAGGAGCCGCUGCCCCCAAAGUGCUGUCGCCCAGCUGCUCCAGCUCCAGCCUCAGCCUCUACAGCAGCACUUCGGCCCCCAGCAGCCCCCUGGCCAGGAAGUCGGUCCUGCGGAGAACGCGCUCGGGGGAUCGGUGCCUCCACUCCCGCAGCUCUCUGGUGUCGGAGGGGGCUCAGCCGCUGGGGGCCGGAGCAGCAGCAGAUGGAGCCCAUCCCGGUGCUGGUGCUGCGCCUCCAGAGCCCCGCCCGGCGGGACCCUAACCCUGCAAGAUGCAGCCGCUGCCUCUGAGCAAGAGUCCAGCCGCCCAUCCUAAAGACUGGUGCUCCUGUGGCCCCUUCCUCCCCCAGGCCCCAGGAGACCUCGGCCACGCCGCUCAGCCCCCACCCCACCUCCCUUACGAGCCCCCCCCCCCCGCCUACCGCUGCCCAGGCUGGACGGGGGAAGCGGCCACCCCACCCCUCCGUCCCUGCCCGGCCUGGCUGUGCUGAGGCCCUGCUGGGGAGGGGCCUCUUGCUGGUGCUCACCUCGUGGCCGGCCAGCGCCUGCCCUCCCUGCCCCGGUCACGGCCCACGUGCUGCAGGGCUCCCUGCCCCUUGCUUGGAGCCAGCCGAGCAGGAGGUCUGCGAGGGCGGGGGGGGCUGCUCCCCGCCAGGCACAAUAAAGAGGAGGCUUUGACGGAC